UGGUUCAGCGCAUUUUGAACGCUCAGAGGACACGGUUUGCUUAGUGUCGGAGUUUUAUGAGGACGCGAGAGCAAUGACAGAACCUGAAUCCAAGUCAUGGAGCGUGUAACUGUGUUUCCAAAGCAGACGUUCAGUCAGCUGAAGGUUUUGUUUGGCAGAGAUGGGCUCAGUGACCUCAGCUUUCACCAGGUCUCGCAACACGUUGGUCAAAGUGGGUUCGGAGCCGCAGAAAGAGCCGGACGGGAAAACGCGGAGCGGGUCUGGUGUGAUCGUAAAGCAAAGUAGCAAACAACCGCUGGCGCGGAAGACAACCGGCAGCUGCAGAGCUCACACGCCACAAACUCCUGCUUCUGCAACAGUGGCUAAUGAGGAUGGUGAGACCAACAGCAGACCACUGGCGAGAUUUGCACGCUCAAAGUCUCAGAGUGCACUCUGGAACACGCUCACUGCUGGGACGGGCAAGAAGGAGAAGGUCAAAUUUCAGAGGGACAUUCCAGACGAUCCACGCAGAAUAGAAGAGAUCCUGGCAGAUGAGCUUCCCUCUACAGACGUCCCAGAAGCAACAGAGAAAACUGCCAUCCAGUUUGUCACUAUUGAUCACACUGCCAUCACUGCUAGAGGCUUCAGUCACGCUCAACUCCUCCCACCAACACUCAUGAAAUCAGGAGUUUGCCUUAAUCUGGGCUGCGCUGUAUUUCUGAGAGCGAAAGAGAGAGAGAGAGAGAGAUCGUACUGCAGUACCGUCACACACUCCUGUGCUCAGACCAGAGUGGAGCACGAGGGACAGGAGGAGGAGCAGGAGGAGAAAACAGGGUGA